AUGCAGCUCCUCACCUUCUCCGCCCUGGCCACUGCCUUCCUGGCCGUCUUCGCCGCCGCCAACCCCGUCGAGCUCGAGAAGAAGGAGGCCGAGCCCAACCGCGGCUACUACGCCGAGGAGUACUACCGCCGUCCCGCCGCCUACUACGGCCCUCCUGCCGGUGCUGGCAUCGGCAUCGGCGCCAACGCUGACGCCGCCGCUGAUGCCCACGUUGGCCUUGAAAUGAGAGUGUCUUGGCCUUGGGCUGCUGAGCUGCUUGGAGUUGUCGGGUGA